CAAAACAAUAUUUCAGAAAAAGUGCCAAAAUGAGCCAAAGAAAUGACAAAGACGAUGUUCCAGAAUUUAUCUUAGAAAAUGCGCGAAGUUCAGAACCAGUUCCUCAAACGGAUCGGAUCUACGCGAAUAAAGUUCUAAAUCUGGGAAAUAUAAAAUGUUUUGGGUUUGAUAUGGACUACACUCUUUGCGAGUAUAUUUCUCCAGAAUAUGAUGAACUUGCAUUUAGGGUGGCCAAGACCCAUUUAGUAAAGAUGGUCGGGUACCCGGAGGGAAUCCUGAACCUGGAAUACAAUCCUGGAUUCCCGGUCCGGGGUUUAUGGUUUGAUAAAGAGUUGGGAAAUCUUGUUAAAGUUGAUGAGCUGGGACAGAUACUUGUCUGUAUUCACGGAUUCAGAAAACUUGAGAGGGCUGAGAUACGAGCUAAAUAUCCUCAUGAAAUUCAGAGAAAUGACAAGGAUAGAAUAUUUAUCAUGAACACUCUGUUUAACCUGGCUGAAACCCACCUGCUGGCCAGUAUCAUCGACUUCAUAGACAGUGAGGAGAACAUUGUUCACACUGAGAAUGGGUGGAUUCUGUCAGGGGGAAAAGGAAAGAAAACCUUAACCUUUAAAGCCUUAUUCCAGGAUUGUAGAGAGACGAUUGAUUAUGUUCACAUGGAUUCUAUGGAACUCAAGAAACUGACAGUUGCAGAUUUGCCCCGCUAUGUGAAGAAGAACAGCUGUUUGCUGCGCAUGCUUAGAAAUAUCAAAGAUGGCGGGAAGAAAUCAUUUUUAUUAACCAACAGUGAUUGGUGGUACACGCAGAUUAUAAUGAAAUAUCUGUUAAAUGAUGAAAACUCAGAUGAAGAUGAAUGGAUGUCUUGGUUUGAUCUAGUUAUCGUUGAUGGUCAGAAACCUCGGUUCUUUAGCUCUGGAACUCCUCUUCUUAGAGUGGAUAAAAAGACCCUGGAGAAGAUUCCAGUAGAUUCCGUUGCAUUAGACUCUAAUCCAGGAGGGUUGGUUUACUCGGGAGGAGAUCAUACAACUUUUACAAACAUGCUGGGAGUACUUGAACCUGAAAUAAUCUACUGUGGAGACCACCUCUAUGCCGAUGUUGUCAAAUGCAGGAAGGAAUGCGACUGGAGAACUCUUCUUGUAGUCCCGGAGUUAGUGUAUGAGGGGACAGUAAUUCAGAAUGAAAGAAAUAUCUUGAAAGAGCUUCAUCAUCUUGAAUCCAUCCUUAAAGAAGAUGUUCCGGAGCUGGAGGAUGUAAGGAUAAAGGUUUCUGAUUGUAUUCAACGCUUUGACACAGCUUUUAGCGAAUCCGGUUCCCUUUUUAGGUCUGGGAGUAGAUUAACCUACUUUGGAUUCCAGAUGUUAGCCUGGGCUGAUUUAUAUACAGGAAGUGUAGCGAACCUUGGUAGGUACAGCUUAAACCAGAGAUUUGUUCCUCCGCCUCUUGUCCUUCCUCAUGAAAUUAUAGAACCAGUCCAUCAUAUACCCUCAUGAGAACCAACAUCCUUCCUCAUGAAACUAUAGAACCAGUCCAUCAUAAACCCUCAUGAGAACCCUGAACCUACUUCAUGAAAUCAUGGACACAGUCCCUCCCUCAUUAUUUACCUGGCCUCAUGAUAUCAUGAUAUCAUGUUAUCAUAGAAAUAAAAUUAUUGAAAGAAUCCUGAAUUUCUUUCUCUUGAUUCUCCCUGAUGUAUAUCUAUUGUCCCCUACAUCCUCCUCCUCUCAUCAUAGAAACCGCAAGUUUAUGCAAGUUUUUUCUUACAUUAAUUGAUAGAAAAAACUUAUCAAAUUUCGUUGAGGAAAGUUUCUAUAAGAAUUGUGAUUUAAAUAAUUUUAUGUUAGGUUAUUGACAUUUUAAGAUUGUGAUAAGUUUUUAUUUAUUUCUCUAGAUUUUGUGUUUUU